AUGGUAGCAAAGGGGUUGAAAAGAAGAGGCCCUGCAUCAGCGAAGAAAGCGACGCUGAAGUUCACCGUGGACUGUCAGCAGCCUGCAGAAGACACUAUCAUCGAGCCUAAGGACUUCGAGAAGUUUCUAGCCAACAAGAUCAAGGUAGAUGGAAAGACUGGCAAUCUGGGAGAAAAGGUCAGCAUUCACAGAGAGAAGGCGAAAGUGCACGUCACUGCGGAGGCUCCUUUCUCCAAGCGAUACCUGAAGUAUCUGGGCAAGAAAUACCUGAAGUCGCAGCAGCUGCGGGACUUCCUCCGCAUCGUGGCUCCGUCGAAGACGUCCUACGAGAUGCGCUACUUCAACAUCAACGAUGAUAAGGGCGAGGAGGAGCGUCACCGUCCGAGUACCGUGCGCCACGGCGACAUGUGCUUCGAGAGGACUGAACGACUUUGGGCUGAGCGCUUGACUGGGAGGGACUGCCUGUGGCGAAAACUGCUCCAUAAGCUUUCUGAACGCCGGGAACCUCUGGGAGCAGCGAUGUCCGGUCACCUCUCCGGCAGGCAGCUUGGACUCCCGGCCGGACAACAUGAGCAUCCCAUGCAUGCCUGA